GCCGCACUGCCGUCGCCUGUUCGGCCGCCACCUUUGCCGCCGCGCCGACUUCGUUCUGCACAUGCGCGCCGCGGGCUAAGGAAGCACUUCCGAGGGCAGGCGGGGCGGGGUCUUCCCUGUGCGCAUGCCCGGCCCGCCCAGCGGCGCGGGCUAGACGCUUCGGAGGCUGGAGGAAAGCAGGCAGCAGGGAGUGCAGGCCGGAAGCCGAAGCGCGCGUGCGCGCCGGCUCUCAAUGGCCUUUCGGUCGGCUAAACUCGCGCGGAGCCAGUUCUCGCGGGAUAGCGAGUUGCUUCUCGUCUCCGACUCCCGUCCGCCUGUUCCCUUGAGUACUGGGCGCUCUCGGUCGUGGGGGUGCUUUAUUGUUUCACCCCGGGUCCACCUUGUUGCCUGGUUACAUGACAACGUCCCUCUUGCCUACUGCCCCGUGCGCCCCACGAGGGCUCUACUCGGCCCCGGCGGCCCCCGGGACGCUUCUGCCACUCGCCGGUGUGGGACAGGCUGAGCGGCCCGGGAGCGCGCAGGCGUGGUAGCUCCGGCCGCGCUUCCGGGACGACGCCGUGGGACUCUUUUGGCGCCGGCAGCGGCGCGAGCGGGGACGGCGGCCCGGAGGGCGCGGCCCAGCGCUCCGCGUCCUGGGUCCCAGCGGCGCCAUGCGCUAUAACGAGAAGGAGCUGCAGGCGCUGUCCCGGCAGCCGGCCGAGAUGGCAGCCGAGCUGGGCAUGCGGGGCCCCAAGAAGGGCAGCGUGGUGAAACGGCGGCUGGUGAAGCUGGUGGUCAACUUCCUCUUCUACUUCCGGACGGACGAGGCGGAGCCCGUCGGAGCCCUGCUGCUGGAGCAUUGCAGAGUCACUCAGGAAGAGCCCAGCGGCUUCUCCAUCAGCUUCCUAGAGGACCCAGAGAGGAAGUAUCACUUUGAAUGCUGCAGUGAGGAGCAGUGUCAGGAAUGGAUGGCUGCUCUGCGUCGAGCCAGUUACGAGUUCAUGCGGAGGAGCCUCAUCUUCUACCGGAACGAGAUCCAGAAGAUGACUGGCAAGGAUCCCCUGGAGCAGUUCGGCAUAUCUGAGGAGGCCAGGUUCCAGCUGAGCGGCCUGAAGGCAUGAGUCUGGGUGUGGGGCUCCUCAGCUUUCCUGCUGGGGACUGGAUGAACCCUCCCUGGGUCCCGGGUUUCCUGGCCAAGCCUGGAUUUGCCAUGGGAGGUGUCUUGGUUUAAAGAUUUUCAAAGCCUCAGGGCCCGCAGGGGCUGCCUUUUUGAAGAAACAAGCCAGCAAGCCCCUUCUGGAUGCACUGGGACCCGCUGGACUGGUUUGGUACCUCAGUGCCACAUGCUGCUGCCGGGGGACAGGUGUCCCCUCCCAGGAGCUGUGCCUGGCCCCUUGGGUGCGUCCAUCCAGGCCUGGCAGGUGCCUGAGGCUGGUGCAACUCUCCUGCCCCGUGCAGGCUGAAUGUACAACAUUAGAUGAUGCUGUGAAGGGCGUGGGCCCAUGCUGGGGCCGCUGUGAAUUCUCCUGCUGAAGGGGCAGGCCCCGGCCGGACGCCUCUGGGCAGAGCUGGAAGGUGCGCCUUCGGGGUGGCCAGUUUGUUCUGUUCAAAUAAAGGUACCUCUUUUUCACACGGGACGGCGGUGCAGUGAAUGCA